AUGGUAUCCCUGCGCACCCUCCUCACAGGCAGUAUUCUUGCCAUAGGCGCACUGUCGUCCCAUAUCCAUAAAAGAGAUGUCAACCCUGGCCCAGUCAAGGGAGAUACCUUCAUCCACGACCCCACGGUAGUCAAGAAACCCGAUGGCACAUAUCUUGCUGCCUUCACAGCCAACGGCGUUGGCUUGAAGACAUCUAUCGAUCGCACAACCUGGAAGGAUGUGGGCGCUGCGUUCCCCAACGGCGCUUCUUGGACGACUACCUACACUAAGGGCGACAAAAAUCUGUGGGCCCCUGAUUUGUCCUACCACAACGGUCAAUACUACAUGUAUUACUCUGCUUCUAGCUUUGGAACGUCCCGAUCCGGUAUCUUCCUCGCAGUGAGCAAGACUGGUGCCUCCGGCUCGUGGACCAACUACGGCCUCGUCGUUGAGUCGUUCGACAACAGCAACUACAAUGCCAUCGAUCCCAACCUCUACGUGGCCUCCGACGGCAAAUGGUGGCUCUCCUUCGGCUCUUUCUGGGGUGGUCUGAAGCUGAUCGAGCUGAGCCCUUCAACCGGCAAACCCAUCAACCAGAAAAGCAUCGCCUCGAUCGCCGCUCGUCCCAACAAUGGAGGGGCCAUCGAAGCGCCCUUCAUCACCAAGCACGGCAACUACUUCUACCUCUGGGCCGCCUUCGACAGCUGCUGCAAGGGCACUGCAAGCACUUACCGCACUAUGGUCGGCCGCUCUUCCAAGAUCACCGGUCCUCACGUGGACAAGUCGGGCAAGUCUAUGAUGGAAGGCGGCGGUACCCAGAUUCUCGCUAGCCACGGCAACAUCCAUGGCCCUGGACACCCUGCAGUCUUCACUGAUAAUGACGCCGACGUGCUUGUCUAUCACUAUUACAACGCUGCUGGUACCGCCCAACUUGGCAUCAACCUUAUUCGUUACGAUAAUGGCUGGCCUACUGCUUACUAGGGCAUCUACAUUUAAAACAACAAUUGAGUGAGGAUUGGGCGCUGAUGGUAAUCUGGUUGCGGAGCGGAACUACUGCGGCUGGAAAGCGGAAACAAUAAAUCCUGUGCAAGCUGCUACUAAGUAUGAGAACAUGGUAGCUUUUGGCAUAAGCCUAAACCUGGC